AUGCGGCGAUUGUCGUUGACGGCCAUGCCGUCGCGCCGGCAUAAGCAGCAGCAGAGGGCGAGCCUCAGCUCGGCGUGCGGCAAGUCCACGAGCAGCCUGCGCUCGACGUUCGGCAACUUCGGCAUGAUGUCGUCGCUCUCGGGCUCGCUGUCGUCGGACUCGCUCACGUCGCUCUCGACCGCCUCGAGCUCCUACGGGGGCUUCAUGGAGGACUACGACGACUUGGACGAGGAGCUCGAGGACCAGGAGUGCUGCGAGCAGGGCUGGAUGUACUGGAAGAAGGACACCGACUGCUGGCUCAAGAUGUACGCGCGCCUGCGCAACGAGCUGCUGUGGCUCUCCAAGGGCGCGGACGACGUGGUGGCCGUCGUCCAGAUCGCAGUCGCGGGCGUCCGGACCACGGACAUCGGCGGCAUCGUCGCCCGGGGCCCCGCCGGAGAGAGCAUGGAGCUCUUCGCCUACGAGCGCGAGCGGACGAGCGACUGGAUUGACGCACUGUACGUCGCGGCGCAGCUCACGCAGUCCUACGAGCGCUCCGUGGCGGCCGAGCCGGGGGAGACGGAGAUGCCGCGCCGCGAGAUCAAGGAGGUGGAGCAGGUGUACACGGGCACCCUCGUCAUCUACAACAAGGAGCAGAAGAAGUCGCCCUGGAAACAGCUUCUGUCGACCAAGCGGCUGCGCGACGCGUGCCGCCGCCGACUUGAGAAGUUCGUAGAAUUUGUACACACACCGGGCCUGACGGACGGCACGUAG